GCUGCGGCGGGGGGAGGGCGCGGACGCCGCGCGGCCGAGCCCCCGAGCAGGAGGAGCCGCGGAGCUGGACGCCGGGCCGCGCCGGCCCCGGCCCGCGGGCGAGAUGCCGUGCGGCGAGGACUGGCUCAGCCACCCGCUGGGCAUCGUGCAGGGCUUCUUCGCCCAAAAUGGAGUUAAUCCUGACUGGGAGAAGAAAGUAAUUGACUAUUUUAAGGAAAAGCUGAAAGAAAAUAAUGCUCCAAAAUGGGUACCAUCAUUAAAUGAAGUUCCACUCCAUUAUUUGAAACCUAACAGUUUUGUAAAGUUUCGUUGUAUGAUUCAGGAUAUGUUUGACCCUGAGUUUUACAUGGGAGUCUAUGAAACAGUUAAUCGAAACACAAAAGCACGGGUUCUUCAUUUUGGAAAGUAUAGAGAUGUUGCAGAGUGUGGGCCUCAACAAGAAGUUGAUUUAAACUCUCCGAGAACAACCACUCUGGAAAGACAAACUUUCUAUUGUGUACCUGUGCCUGGGGAGUCUACAUGGGUGAAAGAAGCCUAUGUCAAUGCGAACCAAGCUCGAGUCAGCCCUUCUACGUCCUACACCCCCAGUCGCCACAAGCGGAGUUACGAAGAUGAUGAAGAUAUGGACCUUCAGCCCAACAAACAGAAAGACCAGCACACGGGGGCCAGACAAGCAGGGAGUGUUGGUGGUCUUCAGUGGUGCGGAGAACCCAAACGUUUAGAAACUGAAGCCUCCACUGGACAACAGUUGAACUCUCUGAACCUCUCGUCUCCUUUCGACUUGAAUUUCCCACUACCAGGAGAGAAGGGCCCUGCGUGCCUCGUCAAGGUUUAUGAAGAUUGGGAUUGUUUCAAAGUGAACGAUGUUCUUGAGCUGUAUGGCAUCCUCUCUGUGGACCCUGUGCUGAGUGUACUGAACAGUGAUGAAAGGGAUGCCUCUUCCCUGCUGGACCCGAUGGAGUGCACGGACACUGCUGAGGAACAGAGAGUGCACAGUCCUCCUGCUUCCUUGGUGCCAAGAAUCCAUGUGGUCUUAGCCCAGAAGCUGCAGCACAUCAACCCCUUACUGCCUGCUUGCCUUAACAAAGAAGAGAGCAAACCCUUCGUCUCCAGUUUCAUGUCAGAAUUGUCGCCGGUCAGAGCAGAGCUGCUCGGGUUCCUCACGCACGCCCUCUUGGGAGAUAGUUUGGCUGCCGAGUACCUUAUAUUACAUCUCAUCUCCACAGUAUAUACAAGAAGAGAUGUUCUUCCUCUAGGAAAAUUUACCGUCAACUUAAGUGGUUGCCCACGAAACAGUUCCUUCACAGAGCACUUGUAUCGGAUCAUUCAACAUCUUGUGCCUGCAUCUUUCCACCUUCAGAUGACGAUUGAGAACAUGAACCAUCUGAAGUUCAUUCCUCACAAAGACUACGCGGCCAACCGCCUGGUCAGCGGGCUCCUGCAGCUGCCUAGCAACACCUCCCUCGUCAUCGACGAGACCGUCCUGGAGCAGGGCCAGCUCGACACCCCAGGUGUUCACAAUGUGACUGCUUUGAGCAACCUAAUAACGUGGCAGAAGGUGGAUUACGAUUUUAAUUACCACCAAAUGGAAUUUCCCUGCAAUAUUAAUGUUUUCAUUACCUCGGAGGGGCGAUCACUUCUGCCGGCAGACUGCCAGAUCCACCUGCAGCCGCAGCUCAGCCCUCCGAACAUGGAGGAGUACAUGUCCAGCCUGCUCUCCGCCGUGCUGCCGUCCGUGCUGAAUAAGUUCCGCAUCUACCUGACGCUUUUGAGGUUCCUGGAUUAUAGCAUAUCUGACGAGAUAACCAAGGCAGUGGAGGAUGACUUUGUGGAAAUGCGCAAGAACGAUCCUCAGAGCAUCACUGCUGACGAUCUCCACCAGUUGCUUAUUGUAGCCCGGUUUCUGUCUCUCAGCGCCGGCCAGACAACACUGUCGAGAGAGCGCUGGCUCAGAGCAAAGCAGCUGGAGUCCGUACGAAGAACCCGGCUCCAGCAGCAGAAGUGUGUCAACGGAAACGAACUCUAGAGGUCCGGCUGGCAGUGUAAGGCACACUGUAGCCAUAGUAUUGUAAAAUUCAGUUAUCAUUUAUACCACAUUAUUUUGUAGAUAAUUUGUAUCAGAAACAAAUGACUUUUCCUGAAAUCAAGCCUGGUAACAUCUGAAGUUUAUAUAAUAUUCAGUAAGGGCUUUUACCUUACUGGUUUUAUGGAGUUUUGGAGUUUGUUUUGUAAUUAUAUAAAUUAGUAACAAUGUACAAAAAAUGUAUUUGAUAUUAAAAAGUUUAAUACUGAUAAUGUUGCUGAUUAUACCAUUUCCUUAGCUUCAGCUAAGUCAGAGGCCAGACACUGUUGAAACGCUUAUGUCCACCCCACUCGAAGGAAAUGGGCAAUUCCCAUGCCAGGCCAUUGGUUCCCUUCAGACACCCCCAUCCCACCGGUGAGCAGUGGGGCUGGAGGUGGCGCAGGUGUGACUCAUGGGGUGUGCCCGGGGCAGUGCAGGGGCCAUGCGAAAUUCUGAGGUGUUUCCCAGCAUUUCAUCACAGAAGCUUUUUAUCCCUUUGAACAGUUGAGUUUGCAAAAUGAGUCUUUUAGAUGGUUAGUAGUUCCCAGGAUUUUGGAUCGAACAUAUCAGUAAUACUUCCAAAAAUUUGGGGGUCAGGGCUGCCCAACUUACUGAUUUUUUUUCCUAUAAGAGGACAAUCCUAGAGAAAGAAUACUUUGAAUAAAUGUAGCUUUUUAAUAACAGUAACCCCAGUGCCAUGGCAUCGUCUUUAUUUUACACACUUCUCCGCAGUGUAGUUGGAACCAUUUUUGUGGCGCUUACAGGAAUAUUUCUCUGUAAAGUUGUUUUGCCCAAAUAUAAAAAUAGCAGACUUUAAAGGAACAAAAAUAUCCUUACUCCCAGCUAGGAAGCAAAUGACUGUAGUAAAUUCUGGCAUCAAAAUCCUCUGGAAAGGCUAGAGCUUUAUUUCAAGCUGUCGUGGUUAUAUAUUUCUUCUUUACGCUGAUAAAAUUACCUGCUCGGAAAUGAGUGAUCACGUAAAUGACUCCUUCCUUUCUCACACCCUUUCUCGCACCCAUAAGGCUUCGUUUGGCCUUGCUAACCAAGGAAACAGGGUGAGCCGUGAAAAAUCAAGGAAUUUAUUAUGCCUAAUGAACUGAAAUGGAAAUUAGUUGUUUAACAUUGAACUUUUCCUAAACGCAAAUCUAUUUUUAUAAACUAAUGUAAAUAAUCUGUUUAUACUUAGAAUUCUAACUGGUUUUCAUUUUUAUAACUGCUAGACUAGACCUUCCUUAAGGUUUUAGAAGUAAAAUGAAGACUCAACUGGAUUUGUGAGAUUGAAACUUUCUCUAAUUGGCCUAGAACUAAGUAGAUAGUUACCAUGUGCUUAUUGUGCCAAUGUGAAUUGUAAUUUACCAAAGAUGAAUACGUCUUUGCUUGGUCUUGCAGAAAGUUCCCUUGAAAGGAAAACCCUCCUUCAAAUAAAUAAUACUUCCGAAAUUACU